AUGGUAAUCGAGAUCGUCCUGGCCACCGAUAUGUCCACUCAUUUCGUGCAGAUCAAAACCAUGAAGAAUAUGCUUUCAUUACCAGAAGGAAUUGAUAAGAACAAAGCGUUGUGUUUGAUUGUUCACGCCUGUGAUAUCUCUCAUCCUUCAAAACCGUGGUUACUUCACGAACGAUGGACAGGCGGUGUGCUUGAGGAGUUCUUCCGACAAGGUGACCUCGAAGCAUCUAUGGGGCUACCUUAUUCUCCUCUCUGUGACCGACAUACGGUACACGUGGCUGACAGUCAGAUU